AUGGAAAAAUUUGUCAUUGUUAAAGACAUUCUCAAGAAAGUGCGUCGCUUCAAUUUGAUGGGUCGGACUUUGGAAUUUAAAAUUAAACCCGUAGCGGCGGAUAAAGAACCCAUAGCAUGGAUCGAGGAAGCUGUUAACCAGGUCAUUGCAAAAGGUAUAGAAGACCUCGGUUCCGGAGACCAGGUGGCGUUUUCCUUCUGCUCCAAGGAUUUUAAAAGGGGGCAGGGUUGGGUCCGCUUCAGACCUGUAGAACAGGUUACUUACGGCGAUGUAUGGGAUAUAAUAAGCAGUAUAUAUCAAUCAAAUUCUACGGGGCUUGACACAGAAACUUUCUGCCUAGGAGUGACUACUGUGAAAAUGCCUGUCGGUCGCGGAAAAAAUCGCUCCCAUAAAUACAAUAACUUCGAAGAAGAAUGCGCAUUAAGGAAAGGAAUUGUGAAAAUAAACAAUAGAGACAAUUUAUGCUUACCCCGUGCAUUGGUGGUUGCAAAGAGUUAUAUCGACAAGGACUUUGAAUAUAGAAAAGUUCGUAGAGAUAUCGGAAAAAUCCAAACACAGAGAGCUUUAGAGCUUUGUCGAAAAGCUGGUGUGUCAAUUCCUGAUGAGGGGGCUGGUAUACCGGAGCUGCAAGCACUUCAGAAACACCUUUCUGGCUACAAAAUAGUAGUCUACAGCUAUGGAAAUAAAGGCCGUGAGGUGAUAUUCGCCAAUAAUGAUGAAGGACUUGCUCUUAAUUUAAUCCAUCAUGAGGGUCAUUAUAACGUAAUAACUUCAUUGACUGCCGCUUUUUGUUGUAGUUAUUACUGUGAGAGAUGUUAUGUACCGUACAAUAAUAAAAAUGAUCACAGAUGCGGAGGUACAUGUGUAUGUUGUCAGCAAACGCCUGCUUGUCCGCCAGCGCUAAAAGUGGUGUGCGACUGUUGCAAAAGAUCUUUCCGUGGUCAAAAUUGUUACGAAAAUCAUAGAAAAUCUGGAUCGCUUGGGAAGAGUACAGUGUGCGAGCAAAUUACUUAUUGUGAGAAGUGCUUGAAAACCCUGAAAACAGAUAGAAAACAUCGUUGUGGUGAAAUAUUCUGUAAAAUAUGUAACGCACAUGUACCCCAAGACCACCUUUGCUUCAUUCAAUCAGACAAAAAUAAACCUAAAACUAUCGACACACUUUUUAUUUUUUACGAUCUGGAAACUAAACAGGAAAAGCAGCAAGAUGAUGGUUCCCUCCUUCAUGAACCUAACCUGUGUGUAUUCAAACAGUGUUGUGAUGUUUGUAUGAAUACACAACAAAAUACCUGUACAAAAUGUGGUGUUCGCUUACACGUGUUGAAAAUAGACCCUAUUACAAGAUUUGUGGAGUUUCUGCUUAAUCAAAGAAAACUAUUCAAGCAAGUAGUAGUCCUAGCACACAAUGGAGGGAAUUUCGAUCAUCAGUUUAUUUUAAACCAUAUCUUGACUAAGACGAACCUUACCCCUGAGUUAAUUACACGUGGUACAAAGCUGAUUUUAAUGGAAGUGGGAAAUGUGAAAUUUUUAGACUCAAUUAACUAUUUCCCUAUGGCUUUGUCUAAACUUCCUAAAGCGUUUGGAUUGACCCAGCUAAAGAAGGGUUACUUCCCGCAUCUAUUUAACACGUCGUCAAAUCAAAAUUAUAAAGGUCCAAUGCCUGAUCUCCAGUUCUACAGCCCCGACGACUUGAUGGAGAGUAAUAGACACGAUUUGAUUACUUGGCAUUCAGAAAAAGUUAAUGAAAAAUACAUUUUUGAUUUUCAGAAAGAGAUUGUCGAGUACUGUAUAUCAGACGUAGAAAUACUGACUUCAGCAUGUUUAAAGUUCCGUCAUCAGCUUUUGGAAACCAGUAACGUGUGCCCCUUUACCGAAGCAUGUACCAUAGCGUCGGCCUGCAAUAAAGUGUUUCGUCGCAACUUCCUCCGCCCUAACACUAUAGGAAUUAUUCCUAAGAAUGGGUACAGAUGGCGGGAUAACCAGAGUAGGAUAGCCAUUCAAUGGUUGGUGUGGGAAGAAAAGCAGAGAAACAUAAACAUUCAACAUGCUGCUAAAGGAAAAGAAAUUGUGUUGGGAGGGGUUAAAGUUGAUGGUUACUGCAGUGAAACAAAUCAUGUUUUUGAGUUUCAUGGGUGUUAUUACCACGGAUGUACACAUUGUUUCAAAUAUAAUAGAAACAAUCCCACACAUGAAGACCCAUCAGAUACAUUAGAAAGACGACUCGAAAGCACAACAGCCAAAACAGACCGUUUAAGAAAUCUAGGGUACGACGUUAUCGAAAUGUGGGAAUGUGAUUUCCGAAAGGUCAUAAAAGAUAACAAAGAAAUCGAUCUAUACACUGAAAAGCACCCUUUACUUAUAAAUGCCCCAUUAAAUCCACGAGAUGCUUUUUAUGGCGGUAGAACAGGAAAUACUUUUGAAUAUUAUAAAGCUAAGCAAGGCGAAAUAAUUAAAUAUCUAGAUGUAUGUUCUCUAUACCCUUGGGUAUGCAAGUAUGGUAAAUUUCCCAUAGGCCAUCCGCAGGUUUAUAUCGGUGAAGAGUGUAACGCUCUAGACAUGAAAAAGGUAGAUGGCCUUAUAAAAUGCAAGAUUCUACCGCCUCAAGAUUUAUAUCAUCCGGUUCUGCCGCAAAAGAUAAAUAAUAAACUUAUGUUUAUACUUUGUCGUAUCUGUGGGGAACAAAUGACAAAAAGCAUAUGCGAUCAUGGAGAUGAUGAAAGAGCCAUAACUGGGACGUGGGUAAUUGACGAAGUGCUUAAAGCUGUGGAAAAGGGUUACACAUUGGUAGAGAUACAUGAAGUCUGGAGUUAUCAGAUGCAAAAAUUUGAUACAACAACAAAAACUGAAGGACUGUUCACUGCCAUGAUGAAUGAAUUUAUAAAAACAAAACAACAAGCUUCAGGAUGGCCGAAAACGUGUAGUACAAUAGAAGCUCGUAACAAAUAUAUUGAAGAAUUCUUGGCGCGAGAAGACGUGCAACUGGAGUUUAACGAAAUCUGCGAAAAUCCAGGUCUUCGGUCACUGUCCAAAUUAAUUCUUAAUUCUUUCUGGGGGAAGUUUGGUCAAAAAGAAAAUCAAACGAAAACAACAAUAGUAAACACACCUAAAGAGUUCUUCGAUAUGUUGACGAAUCCCUCCAUAGACGUGUACCACGCACUUCCUAUAAAUGAGAAUACCCUAAUAAUUAAUUGGGAAUUCAAACAAGAAGCUUCUGACCCUCUCGCCACCGUUAACGUAUGUAUAGCUGCUUACACAACUGCACAGGCAAGGUUAAAAUUGUACAGUUACUUGGAGCAAUUGGGAAAGAGGGUGUUGUAUUAUGAUACAGACUCGAUUAUUUUUACUUAUGCAGAAGAAGAAUAUGAACCUCCAGUAGGUAAAUUCGUUGGUGAUUUAACUGAUGAAUUAGAGUCGUAUGGUUCUGGAUCGUACAUAACAGAAUUUGCAAGUGGUGGGCCCAAAAAUUAUGCCUAUAAAAUUUUUUCAACCAAGGACCAGGAAGAGAAAAUCGUGUGUAAAGUUAAGGGUAUUUCGCUUACAUAUGCAGCUUCUCAAAUAGUAAAUUUUGAAAUGAUAAAGAAUAUGGUCCUCAAACCAUCUGAGCCUGUGUACAUAACUUCAAGCAGUAUAAGAAGAACAAAGGAGCACGAAAUUAUAACUCGAGAGGAAACCAAACUAUACCGUCCAAAUUCAACAAAAAGAUUGUUUCAAGAAGACCAUAGCUCAGUUCCAUACGGCUACAAAAAACUAAGGUCUCAAUAA